AUGAGCGCCUGGCGACCCUCUUGUGCCAGGCCUGGAGCUCCAGCUACGACGGCUACUACUAGCACCUCAUCUCGCUGGGAUGGUGGAAACUCGGCUUGGGCAUGGAGUGCCGCUGUGCGAGAAGAGGACGACUGGGCCGAAGGGUGUGAGUUAGGUGGAGCUGGGCCUGGCGAUGGAAGCCAACGUGACCCUUGGUGGGAACAACAUGUUGCUGACCCGUGGUCGGCCAAUGGGACUAGUGAUGGUAGCGGGGAGAUCAACAAGAAGUAUGGCCAGUUCAACUAUGAUGGAUGGUUAGAUGAUGAACAAAUGAGAAUGUUCAAUGUGGCGCAGGUGGAAAAGACCACUGCGGCUUCUCAUGGAAGGUGGCAAGGUGAUCAGGUGGCUCAUGGUGUAGGAAGUUGGAAUGAAAGUUGGUCGAACUAUGAUGCUGAAAAGGACAGAGGGAAACCAACUGAGAAACUGGUUGUACCAGAGUUUGAUGGAGAAGGAGGAAGUGACCAUGACCUUGGCAGAUCGGCAAGGUCAUACCUGAGAAAAAUUCAGGUUUGGCUGCGAUGCACGAAGUUGCCAGCGCACCAGCGUGCGUUGGCCCUUUACAAUGGCCUCAGCGGCAAAGCAUGGAUCUACGCUGAGGAGCUUGAUGUGGACAAGCUUGCGACGGAAAACGGGGUCUCCUACUUUUUGCAGUGGGUUCAGACCCGCUUCAUGGAGGUCGAAGUUUCAAAGGUGGCACAACUCAUGACUGACCUCUUCAAACGAGGGAGACGCCGUAGUGACCAACAGGUCAGAGACUUCAAUGUGGAGUUUGAGAGAAUGGUGCUACGUUUGACAGAGAUACAAUGCCAUGUUCCUCCACUCAUUAAAGCAUGGUUGUACCUGGACAAACUGCGACUCAGUGAGCAGGAGGAACUGGCGCUCUUGUCAAGCGUCAACAAUGAGUAUGACUGCAAGAAGCUGCAACAUGCGGCUUUGGUUCAGGACCGAGCCAUCCGACGGCCGGGGGCUUGGGGAGGUGAAGAUGCAAAAGGAGGUGGCAGGCGUUGGACGAGGCAGAGCGUCCACAUGACAACGAAUGAAGGUGGUGAGAUGUCUAGCGAGGAUGAGAAAGGCGAUGGUGACUCUGAUGAUGGUGAGAUUGUCGAUGAAGACACUGCUGUGGAGCACUACACAGCCUACAUGACAUACCAGGGAGCCAAGGCGAAAUACAAGGAGGUCUUGAAGGGCCGAGGUGUCGACCAACGUGCGGUGGAUCAGAGGAAUCAAGAACGUUUGAGGCUGGCAAAACAGAGGAGCUACUGCAGCGCCUGCAAACGCAGGGGUCACUGGCAUAAAGACCCGGAGUGCCCAUUGAGACAGCGGUCUUCGUCGGGAACUACCAGUGCUGCAGGUGCUGAGACUGUGCAGUCGGUGAACUUUGUGCACCAGUGCUUUGUGACGGACUCCGGUGUUCAGGCCUUGGACGAGAUCUACAUGACUGAGUAUGACUUGGCGGCAUCCCCUUGUCUUUGUCUUCGGCAAUCGCUUUUUGCAAUCCCUGGGUAUGACGUGGGCGCCGUUUGUGGUGGUGGUCUUCAGCGACAGCCCACUGCGAUCAAGGAGUUCGACAUCGGCACAUCCCCUUGUGUAUGUGUUCGGCAAUUGUCCCCUGCAUCUUCCUGCUUCAUGACUGAGGAGUGCAAUGGCGAGGGCUUCAUCAUGGACAAUGAGAAAGGCAUCCAGCACGGGCCCCAGGACGACAAGCUCCUGGCAAUCAUUGACACGGCUUGCACCAAAACCGUGGCUGGAUAUGCUUGGUUUGAGAAGUACGUUCAGGUCGCAGAUAGCUUAGGGCUUCCUGUACAGACCUUGGAUGAAAAUGAGCAUUUCAAAUUCGGAGCAUCCAAAGUUUACAGGUCAAUGUUUUCUGUGAAGGCAUGGUUUGCUAUUCAUGGCAAACAGUUUGGGGUCAGGGUUUCAAUUGUCCCCUGCAACGUGCCUCUUUUGUUCAGUAGACCCGUGCUGGGAAGUUUGGGCAUGUGCUAUGACGUUGCGAAGCAACAGGUUGGACUGGCUUCGCUGAAUCUCCAGGAGUUGCCACUCCUGACUAGCCCUACGGGACAUCCAGCACUUUUGGUCUCCGAUUUUGGCAAGAACCCAUUGCUGGGAGAGUUGCCGGAGUUUUCACCCGAAGCCGUGCACAUUCCAGCAUUCGAAGCAUACAUGAUCGUUUUCGCAAGCUCAAGACUGCGAUCAACGGCACAGCCGGCCCUGACGAACCUCUCGUCGCUGUCGAUGCCGGGCAGCGGAACGUCACCAUGGGCGAUGAGGAAGGGAGAGCUGGCAGAGGCUCUCGAGAUGCGUGGUGUGACCGUCCACCCCAACUGGUCGGUCCCGGAGCUCAGGUCCAUUCUUCUGGAGCAACUGGAAUUGGAGAAGCCGGCCAAGAACGAGAAUUCGAUGAAGGGACUGACGAAGCUCAGUCUGGCAGAGCUCAUUGCGGAGGCGGAGAAGCUGCAGAUCACUAUGCCUCCGAAACCCACACGUGGCCUGCUGAUGAGGAUGAUUCGAGACACCAAGAGCACUCCUGCACAGACCCUGGUGACCUUCGGCAAGUUCAAAGGAUGGAUGUACCAGGAGGUUCCCUUGGGCUAUCUCCAGUGGAGUGUGCAGGAGACUCGUGCGAAUCAGAACUCGCACCCCGACUUGGUCCGGCUGGCAGCAUGGGCACAGGGAGAGAUCGAGCGCCGGGAGAAGGCGUCAAGCAGUGGAACCCCGAUGCAGAAGGACCCGGAGGCAACGGCAGUGAUCCCACCUCCUCGCCUGAAGGCUAUGGGGCGGGAAAGCGACUCCUCGGACACAUCGUGGAGCAGGGUCGCAAGUUCCUGCCAAAAGUCUCGGGUUCGUCGUGGACCGGAAGUGAUCAGCGACAGCGACCUCGACGAGGAGCCGGAGGAUGUCAACCUCACCAUCAAGAAGCUGGAGGAUCGUCUGGCGGCGCUCAAGAAACGGGGCGUAAAGUAUGACUCAAACAACUUGGACACUCCGGACGAGUUCCAGGCUUUUGAGAAUGAGGACACGAUCGGGCUUAGCAGAUCUGGUGGGGAGAUUGAGUAUAAUCACUUCAACUUCAACGCUCCGGACGAGAAUGAAGUUUUUGUGAAUGACAUCAAGAAGGAUGCAACCCCGGGCGACUUGUGGAGUGAGUCACCUAGGGCAAGGGCAAGAGCAGGCAUGCGACGGAGGAGACUGGCAAAUCGGUCUGUGGCACAAAAGCUGCGAGCAGAAGUCGUUGGUCUCUUCGAGGUGAUGGUGGCAUGCACGCUUAUGGCUGGAAGCCUGACCCGGGAGAUCAUCGAGGACCCGCUUUGGGAGGCAUGGGCAGUAUUGCAGCCCAAACAUCAUGUGAAAGCACGAGAAGCCAAGACAGACUGCCUUGAACUUUUUGCCGGUGAAGCUAGGAUUUCUGGUGCCUACGCUCGGCGAAAACGAGCAGCGCUGCAGCCCCGUGAUGUCAGGUACAAUCACGACCUUCGUCGUGGGCAUGACCAAGAGGAAGUCCUUGAGGACAUUCUGCAUCAUAGGCCACGUUUGGUUUGGGUUGCACCUCCGUGCACAGUUUGGUGCAAAUUUUCUCAUUUGAACCAUAGCAAACAAGAGCUACGGCGACUGAGACAAAAGGAGUCCAAGCUUGUGAGGUUCACCAGCAGAGUUUUUGAGCUGCAAAGUGGACUCGGUGGCAUAGCUGUGAUCGAAAACCCUCGUGGGAGUGACUUGUGGCGACAUCCAGAGCUACAGCGAUUCCUGGGUGAGCGUGCAUGUUUUGCUGAUGUGGAUCUUUGCACUUUUGGGCUGCGCAGCUUGCAAGAUGGCAGGCCUCUGCGCAAGCCCUUGGCCUUGAUGACCAACGAUCAGGCCUUCGCUGAUGAAAUUUCCCAGCGGUGCCAAGAUCCAUCACAUGACCACCGACCAAUUCAAGGCAGAGAUACAGCAUGGACAGCAGUGUACCCAACCGCUUUUGCCACAGCUGUGGUCCAUGCGGUUGACAAAGCUUGGGCACAUCCAAAGGAGCUCUAUGUCCAGUACCCGACGGAUCUUGUCCCGGCGGAAGACUCCAAAGAUGAUCCCAACAAAGCGGAAGAGAUUGAAGAGUGGGCAGAGGAGCCAAUAGGAGCCAAUGCCAUAUCCUUCAAAGGCAAAGUGAACCCCAAGGUUGCAGCAGUCCUGAAGAGAGUCCACCAGAACCUUGGCCAUCCUCCCAACCGUGACCUCAUUCGUCACUUGAGGGUAGGUGGCGCACCUGAGAAUGUGGUCCGGGCGGCUGAGCAAAUGGUAUGCCGCACCUGUGAGCGCAGUGGGAGGCCACCUUCUUCUCGGGUAGCACAACCAUGCACCGCACUUGACUUCAACGAAGCCAUUGCCGCUGAUGUGAUCUGGCUGGACACGGCUGAUGCCAAGAACAAACCAGCGCUGAACAUCGUGGACCUGGCCUCAACUUACCAGGUGGUGGUGCCAGUCGAGAGUACCAAGUCGGAGGAGCUUGGCAGGGCCAUGUUGGAGGGAUGGAUCAAUUGGGCAGGCGCUCCAAAGCACUUGCUGGUGGACCUGGACUCUGGCUUUCGAGACCAAUUUCUACAACUGAUGGACAGCCGAUCCAUCACAGUGAGAUGUGCAGCUGGCCAAGCGCAUUGGCAGAAUGGAGUCUGCGAAAGACAUGGAGCCACAUGGAAAGCCAUCUGGAAGAAAUUGGUGGAGGACCUCACCAUUUUGGAGGAUGAGUUUGCGGAAGCCAUAGCAUGCACAAGUGACGCCAAAAAUCAGCUCAGAUGCGCAUGCGAUCUCUUCGACAGCCACUUGGGUCCGGAACAAUUUGACAAUAUCACGGCCGAUGAGAAGGUGAGCCGGGCACAUGCAAUCCGACUUGGUGCUCGCACAGCAUUUUUCAGCUGUCAGACCAAAGAUGCACUGCAACGAGCAUCCCAACACAAAGCCCGAGUCGACAAAGCCGACUACGAUGCCGGUGACCUUGUUUACAUCUAUCGUGAACUCCGGCAACGAAAAGGGAAAAAGAGCGGAAGUGCAUGGAUUGGACCAGGCACUAUCAUUGGACGUGAAGGACACAAUUUCUGGGUAGCACGUGGUGGAAGGUGCCUUCUUGCUGCACCAGAACAUUUGCGCAUUGCCCAUCAUGAGGAGAUUUCUGAGAUGAUCAGGCUCAAAACAUCCAUGAAGGAAUUGCGCGAGAUCAUCGACAAGGGAGAUGAUGACAUCAUCGACCAAGACUAUGAAGAUGGUGAUCACCGAGCUGGCGAGUCCGUGCCAGCUGACAUGGAAUGGGAACAAGACCCGCAUGGGGUGGAGGAACAAUUGGACAUGGAGGUGGAAGAAGCUGGAGGUGCAAUUGGACAAGCUCUCCGACGAGAAAGGCAGUUGGAGGCCCAUGCUCGUCGUCGGCAAGCGUUGGAUGACGUGCCCUUGAACUUGAAAAGACAACGGGGCCAACAAGUCCUUAUGGUCAAGCACGCCAUCUCCGAGAAAGGGAAAGAGAAGCAGCUUGAGAAGGAACUCCCUUGGCAGCUUAUACCACCAGAUGAAAGAGAGAUGUAUCGUGCAGCGGAAUUGAAACAAUGGGAGGAGCACGUGCAGUUUGAUGCCGUGCGGGCUUUGAGCGUCGAAGAGAGCAUCGAGGUCAUCAAGAAGGUCAAACCAGAGCGCAUCUUGAACUCCAGGUUUCUUUACAGAGACAAGAACUAUGCCAAGAGAAAGGCUGACCCCAGCGUUCCAGCAAAACCAAAAGCUAGGCUGUGUAUCGCUGGUCAGAAUGACCCCGACCUGGGCAAGGUGGAUAUGGUCACAGAUGCUCCAACGACGUCAAGGCAUUCCAUCAUCCUGGCACUACAGCUUGCGCUUUGCAGAUCAUGGCUGGUCAGUGUGGGAGAUAUUCGUGCUGCAUUCCUCAAUGGUAUUCAAGCGCCACGAGAGUUGUAUUUCCGCCAACCAAAACGUGGCAUCCCAGGACUUCGACCUGAACAAAUCAUCGAAGUGCUCAAAGGGGUGUUUGGACUUAGCACAAGUCCAAAAUUGUGGUGGAUGAAACUUUCUGGUGAUUUGAAAAAGAUGAAAAUCCACUUUGACGGGCACACCUUCCACAUUGUGCAGAAUGUCAUCGACCCUUGCGUAUUCCAAAUCAUCAACGACAAAGAACAAAGUGUGGCAGGGUUGCUCCUGACACAUGUGGAUGAUUUGAUGUUGAUGGCCGAACCCAACUUGGCUCGGCAUGUCCAAAGAAAGCUCAAAGAGAUGUUCCCAGUGGAUGAAUGGGAAGAGAACGACUUUGAGUACGUUGGCUGUGAAUAUCAUUGCUCGGCGGACAAGAUUGAGAUCACUCAAAAGAAUUACAUCGGCAACCGAGUGGAGAAGGUCACCAUUGGAGGGGGAAACAACGACGCUGAGAGUGCCUCCGUGGAGCAGGUGGAGGAGAAUAGAACGGUGAUAGGUUGCCUAUCAUGGCUGGCCAAGCAAACGAGGCCAGACAUUCAAUUUCAAGUUUGCCAAGCACAGAGAAAGCAACGGUCUCCAACCAUACAUGAUUUGAAGCAGACCAACAAAGCCGUCACGGACGCUCUCCAGUUCAAAGAUUGCGGGAUCACAUUACGCAAGAUCCCGGAAGACAACCUCUGCUUCAUAGCCUUCCACGAUGCGGCUUGGGGCAACACUGACCCAGACCAUGCAGCUCCGCAAGAUGAAGAAUGGCUGGGCGGACACCAGGUUGCAUCGCAACUUGGAUCGCUGAUCCUCCUAGCCGAUGAAAACUGCAUGGGACCCAACGGUGGAAAUUUUAGUCUGGUAGACUGGAAGAGCAAAGCCUCACAGAGGGUGUGCCGUUCAACUUUUGCGGGCGAGACAAUGGCCUGCUCAGAAGCGCUCGAAGGAGCACUCUUUUUGCGUGGACUCUUUACAUCCUUUGGGACUGGAGUUCGCGUUCCAGAUCAUCAAGGUGGAGCCUAUCAUCCGCUCCAUCUCAUCACCGAUUGCAGGAGCCUCUAUGAUCACAUUCAUCGCGAAGGGAUACCUCGUGCUCCAAGUGAGAAAAGAUUGGCGAUUGACCUUGCAGGUCUGAGACAGGCCUUGGUGAUUGAGGCCGAGCACCAGUGGCGUAAAAAGCACGGCGAUCCAUUCAAGCCUACUCCCGAAACUCCACUUCGACCUCCUUUGCACUGGCUUCCGACUCAAGAGCAAAUGGCUGAUCUGUUGACCAAGCGACUGAAGCCUGAUGAGUGGUGGGGUAGGAUUAACCAAGGAUGGAUGAGUCUUCCGCUGAAACAGCAUGCACAGGGAAGACAAAAUUUCCAGGAUUUGGUACCAGUGUAA